AUGUCUGUCGCACAUUAUUAUCUUAAUACUAGUCAAUUACCAAAUGAUGUUUUAUCAUACACGGAUCAAGAUUUUUAUAAUUUUGUUGAAAUGUUCCUCGGAAAAUUACAUGCCCGUUUGCUUUCAUACCUGCACAUUAGUAGUGUACCAUGUUAUCUUUUAACUGAAAAUCCAUGUGCCAUUUUAACACUUGAUAUUGAUGAUGAAGUUUUGGAACAAUUGAGCCAAGAAACAUGUAUUAAAUUGAAAAACAAUCAAUUGAUAGUGAAACCUGGUGUCGAAAACAGUUUUAAAUGUUUAAAAGAAUUAUUGAAAAAAAAAAUUGAAGAACAUAUGAAGACAACAAAACGAAACAUUAAGCAAC